AACAUAUUAAGAUUUAGAAAACUUAAAAAUAAAUUAAUUUGAUCAAAGAUAUUUAAACAAUUGCGCGAGCAGCACUAAACCUCCUCCUCACGCUCACACACGACUACUCCUCCCUCGUAAUCAAGAUGGCGGCGCACGGUAUUGUUCUCUCGGCUUCUAAAAUCAUAAACCGUCUUUGGGGUCGACGCCUUGGAAAUACGGCUAAAGUAUUUGCACCAACUUUGACAAGCCAAAGGAACAAAACAUAUCUUAGAGAAAACAUUCCCCCUCCUGCAAAGUAUGGAGGCAGACACACGGUGACUCUCAUACCUGGAGAUGGAAUCGGUCCAGAACUUCUCAGUCACGUCAGAGAGGUUUUCAGGUUCAGCUGUGUGCCGGUGGACUUUGAAGUAGUGAAUGUUAACUCUGCUUUGGAGACGGAGGAUGACAUCAAUAAUGCCAUCACUGCCAUCCGUCGUAAUGGAGUUGCCCUUAAAGGUAACAUAGAAACUAAACAUACCAUGCCUUCAUCUGUUAAAUCCAGAAACAACCUGCUACGCACAAGCUUGGAUCUGUAUGCCAACGUGAUGCACUGCCAGUCCCUCCCCGGAGUCCAGACUCGCCACAAGAACAUCGACAUCAUGAUCAUCAGGGAGAACACCGAGGGAGAAUACAGCAGCCUGGAGCACGAGAGUGUAUCGGGGGUGGUAGAGAGUCUGAAAAUCAUCACCAGGAGUAAUUCCCUCAGGAUCGCCGAGUAUGCAUUCAAGCUGGCCCGGGAGAAAGGCAGACGCAGGGUCACAGCAGUGCACAAGGCUAACAUCAUGAAGCUUGGCGACGGCUUGUUUCUGCAGUGCUGCAGAGAAGUGGCUUCUGGAUACCCAGAUAUCACAUUCGACAGCAUGAUUGUGGACAACACCACCAUGCAGCUUGUAUCCAAGCCCCAUCAGUUUGACGUGAUGGUGAUGCCCAAUCUUUACGGAAACGUCGUUAGCAACGUGUGUGCUGGCCUCGUGGGCGGACCCGGACUCGUACCGGGCGCCAACUACGGUCGGGAUUAUGCUGUAUUUGAAACUGCUACAAGGAACACAGGAAAAAGUAUUGCAGGCAGGAACAUCGCUAACCCUACAGCCAUGCUGCUAGCCAGCUGCAUGAUGCUGGACCACCUUAAGCUUUAUGAUUAUGCCACCGUGAUCAGGAACGCAGUUCUCACCACAAUGAAUGAAACCAGGUUGCACACGGCUGAUCUCGGAGGUCAGGGCACCACAUCAGAUGUGGUCCAGUCCAUCAUGAAGAUCAUCCAGAGUAAAGGACAGCUCACAGCAGACUUCUAAACUGUCUCUCCUGGUCCCAUCCUCUCACACACUCAUCAGAGGUGUGAGUCUAAAGGGACCAGCCUCUGCACGUGGACCAGAUCACAGAUUAUAAAAACAAACAUGUGUCCACUCUUGCAUGUUUUCCACAUGUUACCGAGCUACGCUGAACACUUUGCAAAGUUUUUACUUUUCGUGAUAUUUUAGAACAACUCCGGUUCUGCUGUAAGACGUGUUUUUGUUACGGUUUUAUUUAAACGGUUUAAUCAGUUUUUAAACGGUUUCCUCACAAAUGCCUGACAGGUUAAAGGUUAAUAUAUAAAGUAUGAAACCACUGGGAGGCGCUGUUGUCUGUGUUUUCAUAGUGAAGCUGAUUGUUUGCUGUUCAUUUGGAAGCAACCUGUAUCUUAUUUGUUGUGGAUAGCUCUUUGAAUAGCCUUAGUUUGGGGAAACAGAAACAUUAUGACCAGAUUGAUGGGCUAACUACUAGUGUUAAGUGAGGCCAAACAAAAUUAAAUCUGUUUUUUCUAAACUGAGACUUCAUAACUUUUCCUCUGAACCCCUCUUUAAGAGUUUUGAACUAUUAAGACUUAAUCAACCAGAAUGUGUAAUAUUCUUUAAAGGCCCUAAUUACAUAUUUUUUGUUUGCUCUAAGUUGCCUUUUAUUAUGGUUGUCCUUUUUGUUGAUCAUGGUGAUUCAGCUGUUUGCAAAUUAAGUAAACAUUCUUGUGCAGCACAUAAAAAGGAGGUUAUGUUGUGUUGACGUCCGACCAGACAGAUGCUCUUAAAGCCCGGUGUGAAAUGUUAAUGACGCACCUUUACUGUAUAACAAAGAUCAAUAAAGAAAUGAAUCUUUUAA